AUGAAUGAAUUCAAAUUGAAAAAUCAAUUAUCAUUAGAUAAAUUAUUGGAAAUUGGAAUUAAAGAUAUUCAUCUUUCACAAAAGGUUUUCGAAAGUUUCUUAAAAGAACUUUCAAAUAAUGAGAGAUUUUCAGUUUUACUGGCGGUCGAUGUAGUAAACGCUUUCUAUACCAAUUCCGAAUACACAGAUAACAAUGAUAAAAAAUUAGAAUCUAAUAAAUUAUCAUUACCUCGUUCAAUGUUGGAAUAUAUUUCAGGAAUUAAAAUUUUUGUAAUUAUCUUAUAA